GGCGGAACCAAGCACCAGACUAGCCAAUAGGAAACGGGAGCGGGGUCCCGGGACUAGAAGAAACGGCGGCCGGGAGGGGGCUACGGGAUCAUGGGGCUUCUGACCAUUCUGAAGAAGAUGAAGCAGAAAGAGCGAGAGCUGCGGCUGCUCAUGCUUGGCUUGGACAAUGCUGGCAAAACAACCAUCCUCAAGAAGUUCAAUGGAGAAGAUGUGGACACCAUCUCGCCAACACUGGGCUUCAACAUCAAGACCCUGGAGCACCGGGGAUUCAAGCUGAACAUCUGGGAUGUGGGUGGCCAGAAGUCUCUGCGCUCCUACUGGAGGAACUACUUCGAGAGCACAGAUGGCCUCAUCUGGGUGGUGGACAGCGCUGACCGCCAGCGCAUGCAGGACUGUCAGCGAGAGCUGCAGAGUCUACUGGUGGAGGAGGUGUGCCCUGUGCUCACUGGCAGCCAGGCCACAGCCUGCCACAAGUGCCAUGGUUUACUGGGACACUCAGGGAGGGAGCGCCUGGCUGGAGCGACCCUCCUCAUCUUUGCCAACAAGCAGGACCUGCCUGGAGCACUGUCCUGUAAUGCUAUUCAGGAGGCCCUAGAGCUGGACUCCAUCCGCAGCCACCACUGGCGCAUCCAAGGCUGCAGUGCCGUCACAGGGGAGGACCUGCUGCCUGGCAUCGACUGGCUCCUCGAUGACAUUUCCAGUCGUGUCUUUACUGCCGACUGAGCUUCUUCAGUGUCCCAGCUCACUGUCUAGGUCCCUGUCCUCAUCCGACACCAGCCGGAGGGAUAAGCACCAGCUGGCCAGACUAACAUUCCCAACCCCACCGUGACCUGCUGCUGCUACUGCUGCCCACUGCUGCUCCCUCGGAGGAGGGCUGUCACCCAUCUCCCAAAGUGGCCUGCAGCCGCCAUGCCAAAAGGAAAGACUGGGCUGGGAGGGACUGCCUGCUGCUGCCAGGAUCCUGGGUGUCCUCCUCACCUGUCCAGCAGUGAGAAUAAAGUCCUCCUCACCCAG